GGCCAAAUUGAGUAUCUUGUUAAAUGGAGAGGAUGGGCCAUUAAGUAUAGCACAUGGGAGCCAGAAGAGAAUAUUUUGGACAGCCGACUGAUUGCAGGAUUUGAACAGAAGGAGAGAGAGAGGGAACUUUAUGGGCCAAAGAAAAGAGGACCUAAACCCAAGAAUUUCCUCCUUAAGGCUCGAACCCAUGGCUCCGAGCCCUCUGUGCAGGGCCCCGCCUCUCGUCGCUGUCACUCCCAGCGCGCCCCCUCCAGCCCCUCACCUUCCUCCGCCCCUUCCUCCUCCUCCUCCUCCUCCUCCUCCUCUUCCUCCGUGUCCAUUCCCAAGCUCCAGUCCAGAGCCACGUCCCACAAACUGAAGAAGGACAUCCGUCGCUGCCACCGGCUGUCCCGGCGCCCCCUGCCCCGCCCGGACCCCCUGGCCCCGCCGCACGGCGCCCGCCCGCCCGCCUCCCCGUUUUCGGAGACGGUGACCAUCCUGAACCGGCGGGUGAAGCCGCGGGAGAACAAGCGCAGCCGCAUCAUCCUCAACCUGAAGGUGAUCGACGGGGGCGGGACCCGCCGCGUGCCCCUGUCCGCCCCGGCCGGCCGGCCCGGCCCCGCCCGCCGGAACAUCCCCUCCCGAAACCGCAUCAUCGGGAGGCGGCUGAGCGACGGGCCCUGCCGGGGCCCCCCGCCGCCCCUCCGGAUGCCGGGGUUCCCCAUGUACGGGAAGCCCUUCGGGGUGCAGCAGGUUUCGCCGGGCGCGGCCGGCGCUCAGUCCGGGACGGGGUGCAGUACGGAGGGGAGCAGUGACUCGACGGCGUCCUCUCUCCGCCCCGCCGGAGGAAAGGCGGGCGCGGCUCAGCCCGCUCCUCGGUACCAGCCGCCCCCCUCCCCCACCAGCUCCAGCGGCUCUCAGAGUGGGCCGCCCUCCCCUCCUCACAUCCAGGCCCCGGCCCCACAGGCCUCCCCUCCCAAACUCAGCCCCCAGGCCCCGCCUCAAGCCAGCCGCCCCGCCUCUGCCCCCGGGUCCUUCCUCCCAUCCUCCCCCUCCCUGUCUUCAUCGUCCGCCUCGUCCUCCUCUUCCUCUUCUGAGGACGAGGAGAAUAUUCUGGAUCUCUCCGUGCCGCCCGGGGGCGAACGGAAUCCCAGGCGCCGCCGCGGUCGCCACGGAGCCCAAACCGACGAGCCGCCCACGUGUCAGAGCGUCGACCCCCUGCCCCUGCCCCUCCAGGGCCCCUCGGACCCCCCUCUCCUCUCCCUGGAGAACCCGAGGGGGCUCUGCGAGGGGGACCCCGACUGGCGGCCGGAGAUGGCCCCCUGCUGCACCAACGUGGUGGUGACCGACGUGACCACGAACCUGCUCACUGUCACCAUCAAGGAGUUCUGCUCACCGCCAGAACUGGACCAGUCCGCCCCUCCCAGCCCCGCCUCCCAGACCACCGACACCGCCACGCUGACCCCCCAGCCCAAACCAUGA